UCCUCUUCUAACCACCUCCUCCACCCGCCCUCACUGCCUCCUUUCACCCUCUCCCAGGCCCCAUCUCCAGCACCAUGGCCACCUUGAACGCCAUCAGGAACAACUGCCGCAAGGUCAUGUGCAUCGGGCGUAACUAUGCCGAUCACAUCAAGGAGCUCAACAACCAGCGGCCCAAGCAGCCCUUCUUCUUCCUGAAGCCGCCCAGCGCCCUCCUGCUGCCCGGCGAGGGUCCCGUCCUGCGCCCGCGCGGCGUUACAAUGCAUUACGAGGUUGAAUUGGGCCUGGUCAUGGGGAAGAAGCUCCGCGAUUUCGAUCCCAAUGACGACAAGGGCGCUUUGGAUGCCAUUGAGUCGUAUCUCCUCACUAUCGAUAUGACUGCCCGUAACGUCCAGGACGAAGCGAAGAAGAAGGGUCUUCCAUGGGCCAUUGGCAAGGGGUUUGACACUUUCCUACCCAUCUCCGGUCCGAUCUCUAAGUCCAUAAUUACGGAUCCGCAUAAUGUGCACCUGAGUAUGUCUGUCAAUGACCAGGUCAGACAAUCUGACAACACUGAGUUGAUGCUGUUCCGGAUACCACGGAUUCUGGCAGAUAUCAGCAAAGUCAUGACGCUGGACAAGGGUGAUAUUGUGCUUACCGGCACGCCGAAAGGAGUCGGAUCCGUUGGCACCGGUGAUGUCAUGAAAGCGGCCUUGAGCGUCGAUGGUAAAGAGAUUAAGGAAGCGGGACUGGAGGUUGAGGUGAGGGACCGGGAAGGCCCAUAUGAGUUCAAGGAGACGUAAAGCCACGGUGCGCCGCCAAAGACAAGCUUUGAGCAGAAUUGAAGAAAACUGUACAGUUCCCUCGCAGGAUGUAGCUUAUUCGAUCAAAGGCGAUAGUGGGUAAGGCUGAACAAUUUCCCUCUUUCUACGCUUUCUCUGUGGAACAUCGAGCUUUGGCAGGUUCUGAAUUAUUGACUGCGAAACAAGAGCAGUGGAUGGAGUCUUGUCUAGCUGAGGGUAUGCUUGGUUCAUGUGCAUCAUGUUGUGUAGGUCUUUGGAAGAUGGUUUGACUGCUGGUUCCUGUCUCACUGGUUGCAUGGUGGCCUCGUCACGGACAAUCGCUGGUCUGCCCGCACUUCUAGAGGCUCUAGGCUCUGCUUCGGUUCGUGUUGUACGCGUAUGUGAAUGAACCUGCCGUGUUGGUAAGUGACGCGACGGUAG